AUGAACGGGGUAUUUGACCGGCUACCUGAGCGCAUUUAUAUAUUUGUUUACGCUGACGAUGUGCUGAUUGUGGCCUCCGGUACACAGAUCCGAACCCUACGGCAAGCGCAAGCGGCAGUCUCUGCCGUCGUCAAAUGGACCGACUCGAUGGGUUUCCAGCUAUCCGCCAGGAAGAGCAUCCGAUGCCACGUAUUUCCGUCUCAGCACCGAGUCAAUAGCACCCCAAUUACGAUCCACGAGCAAGCCAUUCCAAACAGGAAAACAGUUCGCGUCCUCGGCGUACUGAUCGACCGAACGCUCUCCUUCGACCAACAUUUCCAACAGGUCAAAAAGGACAACCGCAGUAGACUCAACCUCGUUAAAACGAUCUCUCGGCCUCACCGAUCCAACAACCGCGAUGUUCGGUUCCGGGUGGCACGAGCCAUCAUCGACAGUACGUUGCUUUACAAGACGGAAAUUACUUGCAUCGCUUCCGAGAAGCUGGUUAGAACCCUAGCACCAUUCUACAACAGCUACAUCCGCAUAAUAUCUGGUCUCCUGCCAUCCACUCCAGCAGACGCCGCAUGCAUCGAAGCGGGUCUUCUUCCUUUCCGGUUCUGCUUAAACGCAAAUAUUGCCACAAAAGCCGCUGCCUUUUCCGCCAAGACCUCCGGAAACAAUAGGAUCUUUCUCCUCGACGAGGGGAACAGAGUCCUCCGCACGGCCGCCAACAUCGACCUACCCCCAGUGGCCAAAGUCCAUUGGCAUGGAGAGAAAAGUUGGCACUCUUCACGAAUCCAAUUGGACAAUCGGAUCAAGAACCACUUCAAAGCAAGGGAUGCAUCCAUCAUUUUGCGCAGAUCGGUCGCCGAGUUACUUGGGUCCAACUAUGCCGACCACGUACAUCGGUACACCGACGGCUCCCGAUCGAUAAACGGAGUAGGUAUCGGGAUUUUUGGAGACGGUAUUGCUGAAAGCAGCAGUCUUCCUCCACAAUGCUCGGUUUUCUCGGCCGAGGCUGCAGCGAUCUUCCGUGCCGCUACGACGCCAGCCAACAAAUCGAUACUUAUAUUAACCGACUCACACAGCGUCGUUCAAGCGAUCACCUCGGAAGCACCAAAACACCCAUGGAUCCAGGCGAUUAUCAAGUACGCCCCACCGAACACCGUGUACACAUGGAUUCCCGGACACUGCGGAGUGCCAGGUAACGAGUCUGCUGAUCACCUUGCCGGAGCCGGGACAUCGGGUCCCAGACUCACCAACAAGGUACCCCUACAGGACGUCAGACGGUGGAUUAUGCGGACCAUUCGAGCGGCAUGGGAAGCUGAGUGGUUCCGCAACAGAACUGCUUUCAUCCGCAAAGUAAAAGGGUCAACUGAACCAUGGAGAGAACUGGACAACCUGAGGGAUCAACGCGUGAUUUCGCGGCUUCGAACCGGGCACACUAAACUCUACUAUAACUAUGGUGGCCUGCCGUUCCGCAGAAGCUGCAUCAUCUGUGGGGUACCCAACACCGUCGAACACAUCCUAUGCAACUGCCCGGAGUUCCAAAAUCUUCGGGAGUCACUCUGCCCAACUUCCAGCAUCAGCGAUCUGCUCGGGAAUGAUACUUCGGCCUCGGCAGCACUAGUAACCCUCUUAAAAGAAGUCAAAAUCUACCACUUGGUAUAG